AACAAUUAGACGAUAACCUUUGUUUUGAAAACUAAAAACUGGUUUCCGGUACCAGCAUCGCGCUUCCGGUUGCGGCAGUGAGGGUAUCCUCGCUUCCGCCGCUGCCACUUGUCAAUGCUUGACCGUUUCUAAUACUGGUCUCAAAGUCCAACUAAUGCAGUCCGUAAUAAUGAAGAGCUCCAAGGAAGCCGUGCAGUCAGCAGCUAAAGAGUUUUUACAGUUUGUCAACAGAGGCGUGUCUCCAUAUCACGUGGUGGAAGAAUGCCGGAAGCGACUGCUUGAGGCGGGAUUCAUCGAGCUGAAGGAGAUGGACAAGUGGGACAUCCAACCAUGCAACAAAUACUUUGUGACCCGGAACUUCUCCAGUGUCUUAGCCUUUGCUGUAGGGGGGUGCUACUCACCUGGAAAUGGCUUCUCCAUGAUCGGAGCCCACACUGACAGCCCCUGUCUCAGAGUGAAGCCAAGGUCUAAGAAGACAAAGCAAGGCUGCCUUCAGGUUGGCGUGGAGUGCUACGGUGGGGGCAUCUGGAACACCUGGUUUGACCGUGACCUGACCAUUGCGGGCCGUGUCAUGGUUAAGGGUGAUGGCAGACUGCUCCAGCGGCUGGUGCAUGUGCCACGACCUCUACUCAGGAUCCCUCACCUGGCCAUCCACCUACAGAGGGACAUCAACGACUCCUUUGGCCCUAACAAGGAGAACCACCUUGUGCCCAUUCUGGCCACCGCUGUUCAGGAAGAGCUGGAGACAGGCAGCGUGUCGUCAGGGGACGUCAUCGGUGCUGCCAACACAGUGAAGACGGCAGACAAACACCACCCCGCCCUGGUGAAGGUUUUGUGUUCGGUGCUGCAAGUUGAGCCUGAAGCCCUGCUCGACUUUGAGCUCUGUCUGGCUGACACUCAGCCAGCGGCGUUGGGAGGCGUGUAUGAAGAGUUCAUUUACUCUCCUCGCCUGGACAACCUCCACAGCUGCUACUGCGCCCUGCAGGGGCUGAUUGAAUCCUGCUCGGGAGACUCGCUGGCCAAAGAUACCAACAUUCGCAUGGUGACGCUCUUCGACAACGAAGAGGUGGGCUCCGCGAGCGCUCAGGGGGCGCAGUCCAACCUCACAGAGCUCAUCCUCAGCCGGCUAGCCAGCUCCUCCUCCAACCCCACUGCCUUCCAGCAGGCGGCGCCACUCUCUUUCAUGAUUAGCGCUGACAUGGCCCAUGCCGUGCAUCCAAACUACCAGGAGAAGCACGAGGAGAACCAUCGGCCAGCUUUUCACAAGGGUCCUGUGAUAAAGUUCAACAGCAACCAGCGCUAUGCCACCACCGCUGUGACUGCCGCAGUUGUCCGCGAGAUCGCCAGGCAGGCCAGCGUUCCUCUUCAGGAUGUGAUGGUCCGUAACGACAGCACGUGUGGAUCCACCAUCGGACCCAUCCUUGCGGCUCGGCUCGGGGUGCCCGUGGUGGACAUCGGCGCUCCCCAGCUCUCCAUGCACUCAAUCCGGGAGAUGUGCUGUACUUCCAGCGUAUUGCAAAGCACCACCCUCUUUAAGACCUUCUUUGAGUUGUUUCCUCUCGUGAGGAGCACGUUGGUGGUCGAUUAGAUGGGAAUGAGCAGCGUGAGGUGGAGGCACUUCAGAACAUACUUGACAUGAAAGUGAUGUCCCUUGCACACACCUGUAAUUAUACCUGCAAUAAAGGACAUUCAAAGAUGGAA